CCUCAGCGACUCCCCCAAGGCCUGCUUCCCUCGCCCCCCUCGCGACACACACAAACACACACACUUACACCCCCCGAACACCAACACACAACCCCACCCGCACCUACACAACACACACAGGCGGCGGCCGCAGCGACGCGUGAUUGACAACGGGGGCAGCGGGCGCGCGCGCGGCCUCCGCGCCCCCGCGGCCGAGGCUGGCACCGGCUUGAACGAAGGAGACCUGAAUGGCGGUGGCAGAGGCGACACGCUCUCCCUGCAGGGCCCAGGGCAGCGGGGGAUCGCGGAUCCGGGCUGGUCCAGGGCUCUGAGGCGCCUCCGUGGGCCGAGCCCACCCGGCCUUUCCUGGGCUCCGGCCCGAUCCUUCCCCCCCUUCCCUCCCUCGCUCCCUGUCUCCCUCGUGGCUCUGGGGAACCCCACCCACAGCGGACCCCAGGCCCGAGGCUCAGCCGCCCGGCCCCCAUGCCUGGCCGGGCACUCGGCCACUCCCGCCCUCCGUCCCCGGCCGCCGGUUGCGGUUUGGCCCCCGGGGGCGCGGGCACGCCCCCGGUCCGGUGCCCCCAGCAGCGCCGUCCCGGGCCCGACUCCGGCCCUCUUGGCGCGGGGCCAUGGGCCGCCUGGACGACCCGGCCAAGCGGAGGAUCGUGGAGCUGCGCAAGGCCGGGCUGAGCUUCCGCAGGAUCCAGAAGGUGCUGGAGCUGGACAACAUCCGGGUGACGCCCCAGGCUGUCUACCUCUUUCUGAAGCGCAAGAACUUGGACCCCUGCCCCUCGCAGCCCCUGCAGCUCCCACAUGCCCCUGACGGCCGGAGCAGCCGGAGGCCAGCCCCGGCCGGCUGGGAGGACCAGCAGCUCUGGGGCCCACUGCAGGAGGGUGGGGCCGAGCCCGGGGACAGGGUGCGGGUGCCCUUAGAGCACGAGCCGGAAGGCGAGGGCACGGACAGCAAAGAGGGCAUCCGGAUCGUCAGCGUGACCUCAUUGAGUAAGGGCGGGGACGCCCGCGGCGAGGACCCCGGCCUGCCCACGGGAUGCCCCGACCUGACCCCCGCCAAUAGCGACCCCUGCCCCGCCGCCACCAGCCCGGGGGGCAGGUCGACCAGCGUCCGGCCGGGCCCUGCCGCCACCCUGAGCCGGGGACGCAGCCCGCUGCUGACCCCCAGGAACCCCGCCCUCAUUGUCCGGAAGAAGAUCGUGGACCGAGCCCUCCUCCUCCAGAAGAAAGCCGGUGUCCACAACGGUCAAGGGGGCUCGAGCACCUCCCCGCUCCCGCCUCUGCUCGUGGGGAUGCAGCCGGCCUGCCCCGCCAGGCCCUGCGGGGGUCUGGCUGCCCUGCCUCGCCCUUUGGGGCCCAGCCCACAGGUGAAGGACGCAGGCACCCAGACAGGCCCUGGCCCUCCCCCGCUCUGGGCCGGUCAGCAUGGCGGGGAAGGUCCUCCUGCGGCGGGCAGUGCCCAGGGCCUGUGGCAGAAGCUGGAGACCCUGCAUCGGGACGUGCAGGCUUUGCUGCAGGGGCUGCAGGGGCUGAGCGAGCGGCAGGGCCGGCUGGAGCGGCAGCAGGAGCAGCAGCAGCGCUGCCAGCAGGAGACGCUGGCCACGCUGCGACAGCUCAGCGGGGCCCUGACCGUGGGGGCCUUGGCCGGGGUGACCGGGGACACCCCCGCCUCCACAGUGCCCGGCUUCAGCCAGUUCAAGAUGGAGCUUCUGUGACCGGCCGGUGCCGGGACGGCGGCCGGAGCCCCGGCCUUCCCCCUGCCAGGGUGGCCGGACGGCCCCUUGGUUGCCCCAUGGGUGACAGGACCCUGGAGAGAGGGAGGGUCACCGGGCCGGACCAGGGGGCAUGUCUGACUGCCCGGCGGGCAGCCUGGGCGUCUCUGUAUAAAGUGAGCGCCACCCAG